UUUAAAAUAAUUUUAAACGAACAACAGCAAUAACAAAUACAUUUUUUUUUACGAUUUCACGGUCUAUUAAGAGGUGUUAAUGGUGAGGGUCAUGUCCUGAGUUUGUGUGUGUGGUUUGCUUCUUUUCUCCAUUCGUAAACCAUCUCAAACUAGGUACUACUGCUGCAUUCCAUUCUUCUUCGCUACCUUUGGUUGAUCACUCUCUAAACGAACGGGCUUCUAAAAUUUGUUUUCUGAUUAAAUGAAAAUUGAUAAAGGCCGCGAACACAAAGAGACGAUGAUGCCUAAAUGCGCGCAGUUCUCGUUUUCUCCUGUAGGACGUUCAACAAUGUCUGCUGAAAGCUAAGACACCUGACGCAGUGUGCACACGAUAAUAUGCAGCAAACUCAACAGCACUUUUCCUCGUCUGAAUACGAGUUGCAGCAACAACAGCCACAAUAUCUUGGCAAACAUGAUGCGGCUGUCAAGUACAUGCAACAACUCGGCUUACACAAGCAAAAUAUCAAAGUCGACUCUGAAAUAAGACCCUGUCUGGUGGCCGAAAAUGUGAUCAGUGAUCAAAACAGCAGCUGUGGUAGUCCACCCCUAUCAAUUGUCGUUAACGGAGACGAUCAACAUGGGUCCAGCACACCGGUACCCACUUCUACAUCAAUAUCACGGUCAAAACCACAAGCUUGUCGUAUCUGUGGACGUGUUCUAGCAUCAACAUCUUCUUACUAUGUACAUCUCAAAUCGCAUUCAAAUAAUAAACCUUAUCGUUGUACACAAUGUGAAGCGUGUUUUUGCCGUAAACCAUACUUAGAAGUUCAUAUGAGAACUCAUACUGGAGAAAGACCUUACCAAUGCAACUUAUGUCUUAAAAAGUUCUCUCAGAAGAGCAGCCUUAAUAUCCAUAAAAGAGUACACACAGGAGAACGUCCUUAUUCUUGCGACAUCUGCAAAAAAACAUUUGCGGUUAAGAGUUACGUUGUGUCCCAUAAGUGGAGUCAUAUGACAGAAAAGCCAUUUGUAUGUGAACAAUGUCAACUAUCGUUCAACUCCAAGAUCCAGUUUGUGACACACAUCAGAUCUCAUGACUUGGGACCAGCACAUUGUUGUCAGUUUUGUGGAAAGGCAUUUGUAAAAGGAUGCUUUUUGGUCAGGCACAUUAAUAAAGUGCACCGGUUUAACGUUGCUGCAGCUGCAGCAGCUAAUAAUGAACACGAACCUGUACACAGUUCCUAUAUGCAAUCUGACUCUAACUAUUCUAGCAUACGCUUCGAUCCUCGAGAAAUCAGCAUUCUGCCAACUACUAAAAAUGGUCCCCGCUUCUUGGGACCAACAUCACAUAGUGCAGAUGGUCCUCCUCCAUUGACCCACCUAACACCAAUGAUGUUGGGUCCACCACAAAAUACACGAGCAUAAAUUUCAUUUUGUAUGUUAAUAAGUAGGUACUUCUAAACAAUUUAAAUUAACUUGUUAAGUUAGGUUAUACUUAGUUUAUCUGCUUAAAAAUAUUCAGUUUUAAUACAUUAUAUAAUUUAAUAUAAUUAUAAUAGUGUAACAUCAUCACUAUUCUGCAUUACAUUUUAUGAUUAAUAUUUGCCUUCUUUUUGUUGAUUAAAAAAAAAAGCUAU